UCGUGUGAUUUUGUCGAACAUCAGUUGCUAGUAGGUCGUGUCGGUGUAAGGUUCAGCGUUCGAAGAGUAAACCGUGCGUACUUAAUGUGACAUUCGAUUCGAAACUUAAUUUUUUGGUUGCAAGUUACCUACAUCAUCUCCACUCCCCAGUGAUAGACGAAUACCUCAUCCAAUAACGCAGCGAACACCACAUCUACGAAAGACGCCAUCGAUUGUAAACGAAUCGUUUACAUACCUCUACUUAAGCCUCACAUUGCGUCCCAGUUGGUGUACUUCAGCAUCACACUUAACCAAAUCUGCUGAAACCAAUCGAUCAUAAGUGUUUUCGUUUUACCUGAUCUAUAUUAGAUUUAGUCUACCCGAUAAGUGCUACAAAGAUAGGGAAGUUUAUUUUUACAAAUUUUACAAACCGUACACCUCUACUUAGCAUAAGGCCUAGAAACUAGUUCGCCAUCACCAUGUCCAUGUGCGGUGCUCAAAUUGCCUUGAAGGCCUUCAAAAGGGCUCCCCGCGUCAGAAUUUGGUCCAUGACCAAGAAUGCUUAUUCUACCAAGAUAGAGUACAAGCCAAUUCGAUCCGUGCUGGUUGCGAAUCGCGGCGAGAUUGCCAUCCGUGUCUUCCGAGCAUGUAACGAGCUGGGCAUCCGGUCGGUGGCGAUCUACUCGGAGCAGGACAAAAUGCACAUGCACCGCCAGAAGGCGGACGAGUCGUACAUAGUGGGCAAGGGUCUCGCACCGGUCGAGGCUUACCUAAGCAUUCCAGAGAUUAUUAGAGUCUGUAAGGAGAACGACGUCGACGCGGUGCAUCCUGGCUAUGGUUUUCUCUCCGAGCGAUCGGACUUUGCUCAGGCCGUCAUCGAUGCUGGUCUCCGGUUCAUCGGUCCAUCCCCGAAGGUGGUGCAACAGAUGGGAGACAAGGUGGCCGCCCGUCAGGCAGCUAUAGAAGCCGGCGUACCCAUUGUGCCGGGUACUGAUGGACCUGUGACGACCAAGGAAGAAGCUCUCGACUUCUGCAAGAAGCAUGGACUGCCAGUGAUCUUCAAGGCUGCCUACGGCGGUGGUGGUCGCGGUAUGAGAGUGGUAAGGAAAAUGGAAGAAGUCGAAGACAACUUCCAGCGAGCCAGUUCAGAGGCUAAGGCAGCCUUUGGUAAUGGAGCCAUGUUCAUCGAAAAGUUCAUCGAAAGACCACGUCACAUCGAAGUACAGCUUCUUGGAGACAAGGCUGGCAACGUGGUUCAUUUGUACGAACGCGACUGUUCGGUGCAAAGACGUCAUCAAAAGGUUGUUGAAAUUGCCCCUGCACCACGAUUGCCUAUAGAAGUACGUGACAAAAUGACAGAAUAUGCCGUAAAACUGGCCAAGCACGUGGGCUAUGAAAACGCCGGAACAGUUGAGUUCCUCUGUGAUGAAUCGGGCAAUUUCUACUUCAUCGAAGUGAACGCUCGCCUCCAGGUAGAGCACACUGUAACUGAAGAAAUUACCGGUAUUGAUCUCGUACAAUCGCAAAUCCGAGUAGCUGAAGGCAUGACAUUGCCAGAGCUGGGAUACAAUCAGGAAAACAUCAAAACUCAGGGCUAUGCCAUCCAGUGCCGUGUAACGACUGAAGAUCCUGCCAACGACUUCCAGCCGAGUACGGGCCGCCUAGAAGUGUUCAGAUCUGGUGAGGGUAUGGGCAUCCGUCUGGACAGUGCCUCUGCCUACGCCGGUGCCAUCAUUUCGCCGUACUACGAUUCACUCCUGGUGAAAGUGAUUUCUCAUGCUUCCGAUCUGCAAUCAUCCGCUGCCAAAAUGAACCGCGCGCUGCGCGAGUUCCGUAUCCGCGGCGUCAAGACGAAUAUUCCGUUUUUGCUGAACGUGCUCGAGAACCAGAAGUUCCUGAACGGCGUUCUGGAUACGUACUUCAUUGACGAGCACCCACAGCUGUUCCGGUUUGCCAAGUCCAAGAACCGCGCCCAAAAGCUGCUGAACUAUUUGGGAGAAGUGCUGGUGAAUGGACCUACCACUCCAUUGGCGACCAAGCUGAAGCCCGCCGAGGUGCAGCCUCAUGUUCCACAGUUGCCGUUGGAUUUGUCACCAGAAGCACUGGCAGCAGAGGAAAAGGGCAAAAAAGUAACUGAACCUCCAAGAGGAUUCAAGGAUAUCCUGCGAGAACAAGGACCAGAAGGAUUUGCUAAGGCUGUUCGAGCUCAGAAAAACCUGCUGCUGAUGGACACCACGUUUCGUGACGCCCAUCAGUCUCUGCUGGCCACCCGAGUCCGAUCGCACGAUUUGCUGAAGAUUUCUCCUUAUGUGUCGCAUAAGUUCAACAAUCUCUACUCGCUGGAAAACUGGGGCGGAGCUACCUUCGACGUUGCUCUACGCUUCUUGCACGAGUGUCCUUGGGAACGCCUGGAAGACAUGCGCAAGCAAAUCCCUAACAUUCCAUUCCAAAUGCUACUCCGAGGUGCCAACGCUGUCGGUUAUACAAACUAUCCGGAUAAUGUCGUCCACAAGUUCUGCGAACUCUCGGUUCAAUGCGGUAUGGACAUCUUCCGAGUGUUCGACUCCCUGAACUACUUGCCAAACUUGAUUUUGGGAAUGGAAGCAGCCGGUAAUGCCGGAGGAGUUGUUGAAGCAGCAAUCUCCUACACGGGAGACGUCAGUGAUCCAACCAAGAAGAAGUACGACCUCAAGUACUACACAAAUCUGGCCGAUGAACUGGUAAAAGCUGGCACACACGUUCUUUGCAUCAAAGAUAUGGCUGGAUUGCUUAAGCCUCAAGCUGCCAAGUUACUUAUCGCUGCCAUCCGUGAAAAGCAUCCGGACGUCCCGAUCCACAUCCAUACUCACGACACUUCUGGAGCGGGUGUUGCAUCUAUGCUGGCCUGCGCUGAAGCUGGUGCCGAUGUUGUAGACGUGGCAGUGGAUUCCAUGUCCGGAAUGACCUCGCAGCCUAGUAUGGGUGCUGUUGUGGCCUCACUUCAGGUAACUCCGCUGGAUACCGGUAUGAAUCUUCGUGACAUCAGUGAAUACUCCGCCUAUUGGGAGCAGACCAGAACCCUGUAUGCUCCGUUCGAAUGCACAACUACCAUGAAGUCAGGAAACGCCGAUGUGUACCUCAAUGAAAUCCCUGGAGGGCAGUACACCAACCUGCAGUUCCAAGCGUACUCUCUCGGAUUGGGUGACUUCUUCGAAGAUGUUAAGAAGGCCUACCGCGAAGCCAACCUUCUUCUGGGUGACAUUAUCAAGGUUACCCCAUCCUCCAAGGUUGUUGGAGAUUUGGCCCAGUUCAUGGUACAAAACCAUCUGACCGCUGAUCAGGUUAUGGACCGCGCUGAAGAGUUGUCCUUCCCCAAAUCCGUAAUCGAAUUCCUGCAAGGCGCUAUCGGAACUCCUCAUGGUGGAUUCCCUGAACCAUUCCGCUCCCGCGUACUUAAGGACAUGCCUCGCAUUGAGGGACGUCCAGGUGCUUCCUUGAACCCACUAGACUUCGACAAACUUAAAAAAGACCUCCAAGAAUCUCACCCUGAUGUGUCGGACCGCGACGUCAUGUCCGCUGCCUUGUACCCUCAGGUAACUAACGAUUACCUCAACUUCCGAGACUCCUUCGGACCUGUAGAUAAGCUAGAUACCCGCGUAUUCCUGACUGGGCCCAAGGUGGGCGAAGAGUUCGAAGUCACUAUUGAAAAGGGUAAGACGCUUGGCUUCAAGACCCUUGCCAUGGCUGAAGAUUUGACAUCGAACGGCGAACGGGAAGUCUUCUUCGAACUCAACGGUCAGCUGCGGUCGGUCAUGGUUCGCGAUAAGGAAGCCGUCAAGGAACUCCACAUUCAUCCAAAGGCUACCAAGGGAAAUAAGGAUCAAGUUGGAGCCCCAAUGCCCGGUUCCGUCAUUGAAAUCAAAGUAAAGGUAGGAGACCGCGUCGAGAAGGGCCAACCGCUGGUGGUGCUGUCUGCGAUGAAGAUGGAGAUGGUCGUCCAAUCGCCACGGGCCGGUGUCGUGAAAACGUUGGAUAUUUCCUCCGGUAUGAAGCUGGAAGGCGAAGACUUGAUUCUCACGUUGGAAUAGAUGGAAGGUUGCAUACGAACUCAUAGAUGAGUUGGAAAAACUAUGAACAGCUACAAAAAUGACGUGCGGUUGCUAAGUUAUUCGAUGUGCGCGGUAUUCAUACAUUGGAAAAAAAAGGUCGUCGCUUUUGGCAGAUUUAGGGGUUUAAACAGGGAAUGUACAUUUGGAUGAUAUACUUAAAUUGGUUUUGUUUCGUCGCGUAAUGUUAACGUGUUCUAGCAUAAGAAGUUUUUUUUUGUUAUAAAUAGAGAUACUACAUUUAUUUUCGAUUCAUAUAUUGAGUUGAAAAUACAAGUAAAUACUCAAAUCGUACAAAAA